AUGAAGUUGACCACGCUUUCUACUGCAGCGUUACUGCUGGUGGGAGGUGUUUCGGCAGAGAGCGAAUCCUCCGAGGCAGCGAAUCUCGAGAAAUUCUGGUCCUAUGGCAGAUCUGAGCCAGUGUACCCGACGCCCGAAACGAAAGGCCUGGGAGAUUGGAAAAGCGCUUACACCAAAGCGAAAGCUCUCAUUGCUCAAAUGACAAAUGAGGAAAAAAACAACCUCACUUAUGGAUAUACAUCGACAACCAACGGUUGCAGUGGAAACUCAGGUGGUGCCCCGCGUCUUGGCUUCCCUGGGAUCUGUUUACAAGAUGCCGGGAACGGUGUCCGGGCGACCGAUAUGGUCAAUGGAUACCCUUCAGGCGUUCACGUUGGGGCGGCAUGGAACCGUGAUCUCUCGUACCAGCGUGCUAGCUACAUGGGAGCCGAAUUCAAGAAGAAGGGUAUCAAUGUCGCUCUUGGCCCUGUCGUCGGUCCCUCUGGCCGAAUAGCACGAGGUGGUCGCAAUUGGGAAGGAUUCAGUAAUGACCCCUACCUGGGCGGUGCCUUGGCCGGUGAGACGGUCCGUGGUCUACAAAAGAAUGUCAUUGCAUGCGUCAAACACUUCAUUGCCAAUGAGCAAGAAACAAAUCGAAACCCGCCUUCGCUGCUGGCCGACAGCCACAAUCAGUCUUACUCUACCAAUGUCGAUGACAAGACUAUGCAUGAGCAAUACCUUUGGAGCUUCCAGGAUGCAGUGAAAGCAGGAGCUGGUUCUAUCAUGUGCAGCUACAACAGAAUCAACAAUAGCUAUGGUUGCCAAAACAGCAAGACACUCAAUGGUCUUCUAAAGGGCGAAUUGGGCUUCCAGGGCUUCGUUGUGACUGAUUGGAGUGCCCAGCACAGUGGCCUUGCAAGUACACUGUCCGGGUUGGAUAUGGUCAUGCCAUCGUCAUCGUUCUGGGAUAACGGCACACUCGCCUUGGCUGUACGAAACGGGUCUCUUCCACAGAGCCGUCUCGAUGAUAUGGCCACUCGCAUCGUGGCUUCCUGGUAUAAAUAUGCCGAGCUGGAGAACCCGGGUCAUGGAAUGCCGGUGAGCCUUCUUGAGCCGCACACGUUGGUAGAUGCCCGGGAUCCGAAAUCCAAGAAGACCAUCUUCCAAGGUGCCGUGGAAGGCCACGUUCUCGUGAAGAACACGGAAAACACACUUCCACUCAAGAAGCCCAAAUUCCUCUCCCUCUUCGGCUAUGAUGCUGUCGCUGCCUCCAGGAACACUGCAGAUGGGGAAUCUCUCGUUGGGUGGUCUACCGGUCUAGACAAUACUCUAUCUUGGCCCAACGGAUCUGCAAUCUCAGCGACAAGCAUGGUGUAUCUUUUCCUUUCCAGUCUUGAUCCAUCAACCAAAGGUCCUGGUGUUGCUCUUAACGGAACAAUGAUCUCUGGUGGAGGCUCUGGCGCCACCACCCCGUCUUACAUCGAUGCACCCUUCGAUGCCUUCCAGCGCCAAGCGUAUGAAGACAAUACCUUCCUUGCGUGGGAUUUCGCUUCCCAAGAUCCGCCUGUCAAUCCUGCGUCAGAGGCCUGUAUUGUUUUCAUCAACGAGCAAUCGAGUGAAGGUUGGGACCGCCCAUACUUGGCAGACCCAUAUUCCGAUGAACUAGUCUUGAAUGUUGCAGCCCAAUGCAGCAACACCAUAGUCGUUAUCCACAACGCAGGUGUCCGACUUGUCGACCAGUGGAUUGAAAAUCCCAAUAUCACCGCAGUCAUCUACGCCCAUCUUCCUGGCCAAGACAGUGGUCGAGCCCUGGUAGAAGUAAUGUACGGCAAGCAGUCACCCUCCGGUCGUCUUCCCUACACCGUCGCCAAGAAAGCAGCAGACUACGGUGCUCUUCUGGACCCUACCAUUCCCUCAGGCGACCUUGACAUUUGGUACCCUCAGAUAAAUUUCACCGAGGGAGUCUAUAUUGAUUACAAAGCCUUCGAGAAGAGCGGAAUCACGCCUCAGUACGCAUUUGGUUAUGGUCUUACCUACACAACUUUCAAGUACUCCGAUCUGGAAGUUUCAGUUGCCCACGGUGUGAGCACCAGCUACGCACCACCCGGCAAAGUCAUUGCUGAAGGCGGUUUGCCAUCGCUGUGGGAUGUUGUUGCUUCUGUCAGCUGUACUGUCGCUAACUCUGGAUCUGUGGCGGCUGCGGAGGUUGCUCAGCUUUACGUUGGUAUCCCGGGAGGUCCUGUCAAGGUCCUGCGUGGGUUUGAAAAACGGCUUAUUCAGCCUGGUGCGCACAAGAACUUCACAUUUGAUCUGACACGUCGUGACCUUAGUGCUUGGGACACUGAGAAACAAGUUUGGGGCUUACAGAAAGGCGAAUACCAUAUUUAUGUGGGGAAGAGUGUGCUAGAUAUCCAGUUGACUGGAACAUUGACUUUGUAA